AUGAAGGUUAACAGCUUUCUCAUUGCCCUCCUCCCAGCCGCCCUGGCCCUCCCGCUCCCCACGCCAAAUGACGGCGCUACAAGCCUUUCAGAAAGCCAGGGCCUCCAGUCUAUUACUGACGAGCUUCUUUUUGGCAUCGAGCUGCCUGAUUUCACUGCUCGCAGAGAGGCAAACGACCCUCCUCAGUUAGACUGGUACUCUGAUGGCUGCACAAAGGCUCCAAGCAACCCCUUUGGGUUCCCUUUUCAGCGGGCAUGCGAGCGCCAUGACUUCGGUUAUCAGAAUUACCGAAUUCAAGGGCGCUUCACCAAGGCCACAAAAGCGCAGAUAGAUCUUAGAUUCAAAGAAGAUCUAUACAAUCAAUGUGAACUAGUCCGCACUGUCAGAAUUUGCAAGAAACUGGCUAGGUUGUACUACCGUGCUUCAGGACGGCAUGGUGGCAAAGAUGCAACGAAGAGAAUGGAAUGGGAUGACCUUCUUUAGGGAUAUGUGCAGAAGACGCC